UUUGCCUUGGCAGAAAAAAAAUGUAAGCAGAAGUGUCUGGAUAAUGCUAAAACAGGACAAGAAACAGAUAAAGAAGUGGAAGGUGGACUUGAUGAUGUAGCAAGACAAUUGGAUAAGCAAGCACUGGAGGAGAAAGAAAAAGAUGAUGAUGAUGAAGAUGGAGAGGGUGAAGGAGAUGGAGCAGCAGGGAAAAAGAAGAAGAAGAAGAAAAAGAAGAAAGGACCUAAGGUCCAGACAGAUCCACCUUCUAUUCCAAUAUGUGAUCUAUUUCCCAGCAACAUAUUCCCAAAAGGAGAAGAAUGUGAAUAUCCACCAACACAAGAUGGGCGAACUGCUGCUUGGAGAAUAACUAGUGAAGAAAAGAAAGCACUAGACCAAGCCAGUGAGGAAAUCUGGAAUGAUUUUCGGGAAGCUGCAGAGGCACACAGACAAGUGAGGAAAUAUGUUAUGAGCUGGAUAAAACCUGGAAUGACAAUGAUAGAAAUCUGUGAAAAACUAGAGGACUGCUCACGUAAGCUGAUAAAGGAGGAUGGUUUAAAUGCAGGUCUUGCAUUUCCUACUGGGUGCUCUCUGAAUAAUUGUGCUGCCCACUACACUCCCAACGCUGGAGAUCCAACAGUCCUGCAGUACAACGAUAUUUGCAAAAUAGAUUUUGGGACACAUAUUAGUGGUCGUAUUAUUGACUGUGCUUUUACAGUCACGUUCAAUCCAAAAUACGACAGACUAUUGCAAGCUGUAAAGGAUGCCACAAAUACUGGAAUAAAGUGUGCUGGAAUAGAUGUACGUCUCUGUGAUGUUGGGGAGGCCAUACAAGAAGUUAUGGAGUCUUACGAGGUUGAAAUUGAUGGCAAAACAUACCAAGUGAAACCAAUUCGCAAUUUGAAUGGACACUCGAUUGGGCCAUAUAGGAUACAUGCUGGAAAAACGGUGCCCAUUGUGAAAGGAGGAGAAGCCACAAGAAUGGAGGAAGGUGAAGUGUAUGCUAUAGAAACCUUCGGCAGCACAGGAAAAGGUGUCGUGCAUGAUGAUAUGGAGUGUUCGCAUUAUAUGAAGAACUUUGAUGUUGGGCAUGUGCCAAUAAGGCUUCCAAGAGCAAAACACUUGCUCAACGUUAUCAAUGAAAACUUCGGUACGCUUGCCUUCUGCCGCAGAUGGCUGGAUCGCCUGGGGGAGAGCAAAUACCUAAUGGCACUGAAGAACCUCUGCGACCUGGGCAUCGUGGAUCCCUACCCUCCCCUGUGUGACAUCAAAGGCUCCUACACGGCGCAGUUUGAGCACACCAUCCUGCUGCGCCCGACCUGCAAGGAGGUGGUCAGCAGAGGGGAUGACUACUAAGCUCCAGGCCACCUCAGCACCUUUCUGCUCUAGGCUCUGUUGGAACGUACUACACCAGAAUUCAUUUGCAACGUAUUGUCUGUUUUAACGGUGGACUGAUGUAAUACUUUCCGUACUUGGAAAGGAAGGAAUUUAAUCAAAGGCAAGUCUUCUAAUGUAACUAACCAAGGAAAAAGCUUUCAGGCCUUUAGAAGUAUUUCAAAAGUUACUUAUUUUUUCUGUUCAGGGAAAUAUGUGCUAUAAAGCUCAAUUUUUAGUUUGGAAUGAGUUAUACAUUUUGUUUUGAACAUUUAUGAUAAAAGAUGCUUUUCAAAUAUUUAUAUUACCAUAUUCCUACUUGAAUGCUUUGAAUGACUACGCCUGAUUUCUGCGCCCAAGACCUCUAUGAUAAUUGCCUUUUAAACUUCCUGAAAUCCAUUUUGUAAAAAAAAAAAAAAUAAAGACAAAUUUUCAGAUCUAAAAACAUAGAUACUUUUUAGAAGUCUGGUUAUGAUUCUGGUCAGGAGUCUGCUGGGAAACUGCUCUAUUAAAUAUUUUACAAACUUGA